GCAUUCAAUACUAAACUUUUAACUACUCAGUAAAUGCGCAUGCGCGGUCAAGUUGACUUCCUCCUGGAGACUCUUGUAAUGGGAAUGCCAUGAGGAUCCAUCUUCGCCGCUGCAGGUCACUGGGCCGUGUGCGGGCACACUUCAUUAUUGGACCAUUACUGUUGCUGCUUCUGGCCGGAGUGGCUCUGACCUUUCUACUGCCUAACAAUGAAGAUAACAGCGUUCUCAGAGAGCUCCGCCAAAGCUCCAACACCUCACUUACCUUACCAGACCCCAAAGACAGUUUUACUAUUAUUAUGCAAACGUACAACCGCACAGACGUUCUCCUCAAACUUCUCAACCAUUAUCAGGGUAUGCCUCACCUGCACAGCAUCAUUAUAGUGUGGAACAACGCUGGAGAGUCACCACCCAGGAAACUAUGGGAUUCACUCGGCCCACACCCUGUACCAGUCAUCUUUAAAGAGCAGAGCGUGAACAGAAUGCGCAAUCGAUUGCAACCACACCCUGAGAUCAAGACUGAUGCUGUUUUGAUGCUAGAUGAUGACACGUUGGUCAGUGUUCCUGAUAUCAGCUUUGCAUUUUCUGUCUGGAAGCAAUUCCCAGAUCAGAUUGUGGGUUUUGUUCCACGGAAGCAUGUGACCACAGCAUCAGGAGUGUACAGCUAUGGUAGCUUUGAGCUUCAGGAUCCUGACAGAGGUGGUGGUGAUUGGUAUUCUAUGAUCCUAGUGGGUGCAGCGUUUUUCCAUCAGCGCUUCUUGGAGUUGUUUCGAGACCAGCCCACCGAGGUGCAUCAACUGGUGGAUGAAACGCAGAACUGUGACGACAUCGCCAUGAACUUUGUCGUGGCACGCCAACUCGCACUGGUGUCUGGACUCGAGCGUCCCUCGGGGGUUUUCGUGAAGCCUGUAGAUAUACGGAAUCUGGAAAAAGAAGCCAGCAGCGGGUAUGUCGGCAUGUGGCACAGAGCUGAGCACAUGCUCCAGCGUUCCUACUGUCUGAAUAAGCUGGCGCAGAUCUACCGAGGCAUGCCGCUCCGCUACUCCAAUAUGAUGAUCUCACAGUUCGGUUUCCCCAGCUAUGCUAAUCACAAGAGCAGGAUGUAAUGAGAACAGAUCUCUGAUGCAUCUUACAUUUUCUUGAUGUGGUGAUUUCUAUAAAAUGGGACAUACCUGGUGAUUUCGGGUGACUUAUGUACAACACUAAUGUAACUGUUAUAAAUUUAAAAUAACUAGUUAUUUGGACGUCAUUUCUUCAUGUGAACUUACAAUAAGAGCAUGCAGGACAUAAAACAAGCAGAUCAAAAAUCAUUUUUUAGCAUUGAUUGAUGGGAAUCGCUUACAAGUUUGGUGAUUUUUUUUUGUACUGUUUACAUCUGUCCAGUAGACGGGGCAUGCUAUUUUUUAAUCCUCAUGUUUUCCAGUACUGGAGUAUCUCCUGCACAUUUU